CCAUGUUGGAGCUCUGUGUGAGGCGGUGUGACUGUGAUUGCGGGACCUACCGGUGUGCACGUGUGUAGUACAGUGCGGGUGCACAGGAAGUGCUUACUUCCGUGGUACUGGAUUGUUUGUGAGAGUAGCAAGAUGGCCGCCACACACUUAGUUUCGCAUUGGUAAAUAGCUUUGGGUGUAGCAAGAUGGCGGACUUCCGGUGUUGUUUGCUCUUACUGCUGGGAAGCGGCCUGUGAGUUGUUGCCGCACCGGGAACGCGCGGGCCGGGGCUGUGCGGUGCAAGUGAGCACAGUUUGUGACAUGGGACAGAGAUGCCAAUUGUCCAUGGGGAAACAAAGCAGGUCCCAGGUAUGAAAACACAGUUGGAUUUCCGUGGCGUCACCUGCCUGCCGCCCAACGCUGCUUUCAAAAGCGAGCAUGGCAGGGAAGGGCGCGACAAUCUGGAUGAGGAGUCUGUGACCACUGAGGGAGUCUCUGCUCCUAGUCCCCAAAGUGAGGCAGUCACCAAUGAUCUGCAGGAACUGUCGUUACAGCCCGGAGCCAACAUGCUGAUUCCCAGCCAUACGCUCCGACCCAGCACUCCUCCCCUGAGUGAGCGUAAAAAUGUCCUACAGCUGAAACUGCAGCAGAGAAGGACACGCGAGGAGCUGGUCUGUCAGGGAAUAAUGCCACCACUGAAGAGUCCGGCAGCAUUCCACGAGCAGCGUCGCAGUUUGGAGCGAGCACGGACUGAGGACUACUUGAAGCGCAAGAUCCGAUCUCGGCCUGAACGAGCAGAGCUAGUGAGGAUGCACAUACUGGAAGAGACCUCCGCAGAGCCGUCACUACAAGCGAAGCAGCUAAAGCUGAAGAGGGCGCGUCUUGCUGAUGACCUGAAUGAGAAAAUCUCUCAGCGGCCAGGCCCUAUGGAGUUGGUAGUGAAAAACAUCCUUCCCGUGGAGACCAGCCUUAAAGAUGCCAUCAUAGACGUGGAUUACCCUAAGCUUGUAGACAGCUCUUCUUUUGAUGAGGAUAGCAGCGACGCUUUGUCCCCAGAGCAGCCAGCAAGUCAGGAAUCCCAGGGGUCUGUGCCAUCCCCAGCAGAGUCUAGGUCAAGUGAAGUGUCCCCGGCGGUACUUCUGUCUCCGUGCCAGGCUCUCCCGUGGGUGCAGCUUGGACUUGAAGCAACAGAAGCUCCACUUCCUCCUCCAGAUCCUUCACCAGCUCCAGCACUGUGUGUCAGCAGUGGCUUGGUAGCUUCAGUCCCAAAACCCUUCCCGGCUCUUAUUAAGCACAGCCAGCCAAAAGCCACCAGUGAUAAAUUCCAGCGCAGCAAAAAGGCCAAGGAGCCCAAACCCAAGGUAAAGAAGCUCAAGUAUCACCAGUACAUCCCCCCGGACCAGAAGCAGAAGGGAUCUCCGGCCCUGGACUCUGCUUAUGCCAAAAUCCUGCAGCAACAGCAGCUUUUCCUCCAGCUGCAAAUCCUAAAUCAGCAGCAGCAUCAGCAUUACAACUACCAAACCAUCCUCCCAGCUCCCCCAAAGCCGUUGCCAGACCAGCAGCACAUGAGCAACUCCAGUUCCUCUACAGUCCGCACUAUGCCCACGAUAUCCAUUGCUGCCCCUCACACAUCUGCUGUGGCACGUCAGAGCAGCAACAUGACCAGCUGUGGGAAACCAGGACCGCUACCCCCCAACCUGGAUGACUUGAAGGUGGCAGAGCUGAAGCAGGAGCUGAAGCAGCGGGGACUCCCUGUAUCUGGCACAAAGACUGACUUAAUUGAGAGGCUGAAAGCAUCACAGGAUCCUAACUCUGUCACUGCUGCUCUUGCCAAGCCCACAACCAUGCAGCAACCCAGGCCAAGUGAGGUAUUCCCAGCCUUCCCAAACCCAGCUCCUGCUGCCACAGAGCUCGGCAGCUCCUCCCCUCCGCCAUCACCUUGUCAUUCUGAGGUCUCUGUGGGCAGCCUGGACGAGGCGUCCAUCAUCAGUGAUACCUUCUGUGAGAUUGUUCCGCAGCACAGCAUGCACACCUCACCUGUGCACGGCAAGGUGCCCUCAGACUCCAGGGAUAAGGACUUCAUGCUGCUGGAGAAGGAUCGGCAGAUAGAGGAACUGACCAGGCGGCUGAAACAGAAGCAGGAGUUGGUGGAACGGCUCAGACAGCAGUUGGAGCAGGAGAAACACACGCAGCAACAGCAGCCGUUCAGCAGUCAGGAGAGAAUAGCUGUGAAGGUGGAGCACAGCUCUACGUCAUUUGGUCCCAACAAGAAAGGGGAGACUUCAGAGUCUGUCAAGCUUGAGUCAAAGGGAAAAAGCAAUUGCCAGCAAAAAUCCCAACUCUUCCUGAGCUCUGUGCCUAAUGUAGAUAAUGCAAAAAACUCUGAGUCAGGAGCACAGAUCGUCUUUACUGUGACCAGUCCCAGUGCCCAGCUUCCUGACAGCAACAGGCACAUAGUGCUGCAGAGUCAAAAGCAGCCGCUGCAGCUGUUGCCAGGAACUAUUUUAUCAUUUUCGGCACAAACCGACUUGCAACCAUUUAUAAACCUGAAUGGAUUCCACAAGCUGCUACCAGUAUCCAACAAGGAAAACUCCAUAAACUGUUCAGCAAAUAAGGAUCCAGACCAAUAUGAAUCCCCCACAACAUCUCUAUCGCAACCAGAACCUGAACCGCCUCCCCAAAGUAUGUUCCUUACACCUUCCUUGCCAGCAUGGACGAAGGACCCCCCAGGAUACGAUGAAGCCGUGAAUCAACCAGUAAACGGGUCUGAGGAUGUACGGCAGGGCUCCCUGCAGGCUGAAGACAUGUUUGAUAUUUUGCUGAGGAAUUUAGAUAUCCCUUUGGAGUUUAAGGAAUUCCUGGUGCCAUGUCAUAAACAGGCCUCUCCACCUCACAACGCAGCGCCAGCUGUGCCACAGGUUCAGAUCCCCUCUCCACCAUCGCCCAAUCCCACUUCCCCAGUGCGUCUGGAAGAUUUCCUAGAGAGCUCAACUGGCACACAGCUGCUUCGUGGGGAUGGCUCAGGUUCUAUGCCGCUUAUUGAUGACCUACAUAGCCAAAUGCUCAGUAGCCUGGCCAUCUUGGAUCACCCCCCUUCUCCUAUGGACACCUCUGAUCUGCACUUCUCUCCUGCGGGAGACUCUCUAGGACUGGACAUUUCCGAGCCACCUCUAGAUGGCAUGGACUGGCUUGAGCUGUCAGGACCUCCGGCUAUGAACCUGGCUCCUCUUAGCACUGCUACCCCCAGUGUCUUCUCAACCGAUUUCUUGGACAGCCAUGAUCUGCAGUUACACUGGGACUCCUGCUUAUAGCUCAUGAGGAUUUCUAUCAGCACUUUCCCAAGCAAGGAGGCGCAACCUCUGAGGGUGCCAAAUUAGUGAAUCCUCGGGCGGUUUCUCUGGACUUUGACUCGUAAGAAAAUGAUAAAUAUGAAAUUGUGGUUAAGUAGAUAUAUCAGAGCUAUGCAUCAAAUUGAAGCUGCACUUUUCACUUGUGCCACAGUUCCUGCUUCCUGCCCUUUGCCUGUAUGUAACGACUAAGGCCCCAUUUCUUCCAUGACUUAGAGAAGUUUGUUUCCAUAUUACUGCUGGAUCAUUCGUUAGUGCUUCUCCAACCCUGGGGAAAUUGCGGUCUCUUUAUGCAUGGGAGAAGCCAUCAUCCCUCCCUUCCUGCCAGAGACUCAUUGGUGCAUAUCAUGUUCUUACUAUGGCACUUCGCUUCACUCAAGUCGUGUUCCUGGGUUUAAGCCAUUUGGGUUCCUAUCUCUGAUUAAAUCUGGGUUAGGCAAACUUGUAUUUUUAUUUUUUACAUUUCCCCAUUGUGAAUGCUGGUUACCUGGAAUUUUCUCACAUCCGUGACAUGAAUGUAUAAAGCGGAUGAAUAUCUGUCUUUUCCAAAUAAAAUUGUGAGACCCAGAAAGAAAAAGAAAAAAUUAAAGAAAAAAAAAAGACUUACAGAGAUAUAUAUAUCCUUGAAUAAAAAUUUGUUUGGAGAAA